GUUUUUGUUGUUUAAAGUAAAAACUGCAAUCCAUACGGCCAUCUCAAGCAAAUACAAAAGUAGCCGGGUCCGGUGCUAAGGUCAAGCGAUCGCCGCCGUCUACAGAGUAUAUCGCCAUCCACCUCAACGUUACUGCCCCGCGUGGUACUGAACCGCAUCGAUCCCCAUGAGUUUUAGCGCAUUCGAGUUUCGUACAAGGUUGCCAUCCGAAGCACCCGCAGCAGUCGUACUAAUAGCGGGGCUCAUCCUGGCAUGAACAUGGGCCAAAAGAUCAGUGGAGGUGUCAAAACGGUCAGCAGCCGUGACCAACCAUCGCCCUUUAUCCCGAAGAUCCCGCGCGAACUGGCGGCGCACUUCCAGCGUCCGGCCCGACUUGAUCUUCUGCUCGAUAUGCCACCGGCCGCUCGCGAAACGCCGAUCAAAUACUCCUGGAACUCGGAGGACCGCUCGCUCAAUGUGUUUGUGAAGGAGGACGACAAGAUGACAUUCCACCGGCACCCGGUGGCACAGAGCACAGACUGCAUACGGGGCAAGGUGGGCUUCACCAAGGGACUGCACGUGUGGGAAGUGUUCUGGUCGACGCGGCAGCGAGGUACGCAUGCUGUGAUCGGUGUUUCCACAUCUGAGGCACCACUCCACUCCGUAGGUUAUCAAAGUCUGGUCGGUUCGAACGACCAGAGUUGGGGCUGGGACUUGGGGCGCAAUAUGCUGUACCACAAUUCGAAAACCUGCCCCGGCGUCCAGAGCCGUAGCGUGGAUGCCCGGCGCCCUUGGCGAAAUAUUUCUUGGGCGCCCCUCUCUUACAAAGGAAAAAAGCAAUGUUUUACAUUCAAUCAACAUUUGAAAUGAAUUAAAAGAGAGAUUGAAAAAUUGGUGGAUUGAAGGUGCUUCCAAUAGCAAGCAGUGCUCGGCUGUACCUACCCUAAACAAGUUUUGAAAUUUUGUGACAUUUUUUUAGUUUUUGCAAAAUAUGUAAGUACGGAAUCUUACAAAUGUCCAAAACGGACUGGAAGAUCAUUUAAAUAGCUGAAAGUUCUUUACUUA